AUGUUCGCCGCCCUCGCCUCGUCGUCGCGCACAGCCGUCAGCCGCUCGGCCCUCCCCCUCGCCCGCCGCGCCAACUCCACCGCUGCCGAGGUGCAGGCGGCCCAGGUCGCCGCGUUCGACAAGGUGUCGGCCAAGGCGGCCAAGCUGCCGUACACUGUCGAGAGGACAAGCUCGGGCGAGCUCCCCGUGUACACCGACAUUAAGAAUGGACGUACGCAGGUCAAGACCAUUGUCCGCAAGAUUAGGGGAAGCGCCGGUGCCCUCAAGACCGACCUCCAGCAGUACCUCGCCGACGGCCACAUCGACCCCCUCACCCCUCCCCCCACCGUCACCGUCCGCCCGACCAGCGGCCACGUCGAGGUCAAGGGCCGCGCCGUCUUUGAGAUCAAGCAGUGGCUCGAGGCGCGCGGCUUCUAA